UUAAAAUUGUCCAGUUGCAUUUGUGUUUAAAUUCGUAUGAAUAAAAAAAUGGGCGUCUCUAAUUUUAUAAAAUCAACGUUUCCCAAUUAUUUAUCAAACCUGCCCGUGCCCGAUAGCUUUGGUGGCUGGUUUCAGCUCUCCUUCAAGGACUGGCUGUCGCUUAUACCGCCAACUGUGGUGAUUGUUGGCAUUGGCUAUUGCACUUAUCACACCAUACGUGGACCCAAGUGCGGCGGCACCGGCUCCUGCAACAGCAGCAUACGCCGUGGUGAUGCCAAAGUUGUGGAUAUGAUUGAUGCCAACAAUAUUAGCGCUACAUCUGCAUUCUGCCGCUGCUGGAAAACCAAAAGUUGGCCCUACUGCGAUGGCAGCCACGCCGAGCACAACAAAAACACAGGCGACAAUCUUGGGCCGCUUGUAAUUAGGAGGUAAACAGUGGCGCGCAUAUAUAAGUGGCAUAUUUUUUUAAAAUUUGUACACUUUAGUAUAUAUUAAUAUAUAUGUAUAUAGCCUUUAAUUCGUGCUACAUUUCACUUUUGCGAUUGCUGCAACAAAAGCUUGAAAAUGUCACGUAGGCUGACACUUGCAUAGAUAACAAUAAACAUUUUACGAGUAGAGCAGAGCGUUGUCCAAGCAUUUGCUCUGGCGCCUCAAAGUAUGCACGUUUA